AUGGGCUCAACCAAGAAGAAGAAGGACAAGCAAAAGGAUUUCCAGAAAACUAAGUUGAAGGUUGGUAAAGAAAAGGCUAAGGCUUCAAACUUCACAGACACUAGUUUCACGGCCAAGACGAUAUCACUACCGAACCAGAGGCUGGUGAAGGAUAAAGAUGACAUUGUGAAGAGGCUGUCACUGACCAAACAUCAUCAGUCUUCAACAAGGAAGGAGACGCUGAUAUACAUCGAGCAACACCUGCCCGACGAUCCCUCAAUCUACAAGCAGAUACUGAAUUCUGUGUGCCCACUGUGCGUGGACACCUCUAGAUCUGUGAGAGAGGCGUUGGUUUCUUUACUCAAGGAAUGUGCUGCUAAGCAGCCUGGGCUGAUUGAACUGCACUCCAACUCGAUAUCGUUGUUUGUUCAUAGUGCGAUGACCCAUAUCAACCCAGCUAUAAGGAACGACUCCUACAAGUUUGUAGAUAUCCUGUUGGAGUAUGGGGACGACUCGUUUGUCAAGAACUCCUGGAUAAAGACGAUAAAGUGCUUCUUUACGCUGUUGCAUUGGCCUUUGAACGAUUCCAAACAACUCUCCUCAUUGCCAUCAACAUUGAAUAAUGACGACGUCAAGUCGAGGUUGAAGAUCUUGGAGUCGUUCAACAGGUUUAUUAAGAGUGGAAUAGAGGAAAACAUGAGAAAGAAAGCUGAGGUCAUCACUGUCCACCACUUGACAGGCUUAUAUUGCAUCCCAUCAACUUCUAACCCAUUUGAGAGCUUGAAGCUGUUCACAAAUCCUUUGGUUACAACGUCAUCGACCUCGAUGCAGUGUGAUGAUUUCAAGUCACGUCGAGAAACAUUUGUUGACUUGUUCUUAACAGACUUCAACAAGAACGUUUCCAACUUGGUUAAACAAGGUGGUCAGCUGUCUAAAUGUGGUAAAGAACUACAACAACUGGUGGAGACUAUUUGUGAUUAG